CAUCUGGUCAUGUGUAAUGACGAAUGAGUGUAAGACAAUGAAUGACCCGAAAAGCCAUUCAGUAAAGUGAGAAGGCAGCUUAUUCAGUGCACCGGCGCAGGGUGAAUUGCUGGACCUGGACCAACCCCUGUUAGCGUAUAAACGCCCAAUUUUAGCUUCAAUUGGGUUGAAAGUGUUUCGAGAUCCUUCUUGUAUUGUAACCGCAUCCUUUUUACUAUCUUCGUAGCCAUAAGAAGCGGCAACAAUGGCAUCUAUACCCGGAACACGAACGAGCGGAAGAUCAUUCGGUGAUGUAAGCAUUCCAGGAACAUCAAACGGAAGUAGAAUCAAUACGGUUACUUACAAAAAUGCAACAAUUAAAGCAAUGAUCGAUCCUAGCUUAAGGGUUAGCGAUGUGAUCAGACAAUUGUGUGCAAAUUCUCAUCUUGGCGUUCAAGAACCACCGGCUUUGUUUGCUCUUCGAGACGAAACAGACGAUGAGUUGAUCGAUGAUACAAAUAUGUCACGCAAGAUCGAAGCAGGAAGAAACUUUAAGCUAUGCUCUUCACCAACUAUCGAGGCUGUCGAAGUGGUUGACAAAUUAUCAUCGCGGGAUGAGCGUAUCUUAAAGAUGGCAACACAUUCUCUUCAAAAGCUAAUCAGAGAAAAGCCUUUUAGCAAUGAGUUUCUCAAACGAGGAGGCUUUGAAGAAUUGAUGAAUAUCAUCAUGUCACUCGAUGGAGGCAAUACACUUGCAUACACUUUGACAAGCGUACAAAAUUUGAUCGAAUCAUGCGAUGAAGGUUGGGAAACAUUGGAUUCGGAAUUCAUACGAAAAGUUGUCAACAUUCUCACCACCCAAGAACGCAUUAAUGUGUGUCGCCCAGCAACGGCUAUUCUGAAAAAGCUCGUGGUAAGUGGACCGCAAGAUGCACCAGUCGAACAAGGAAAUAUCGUAGGUGAUACCGAAUUAGAUCAGAAUACAGAUCAAGGUGAAAUUCCAAGUACAUAUCGUUAUGGAUUCGAUGUCAUUUAUGCUGAAAUACGAAAGGAGCCAAGCUUUUUGCAAACGCUCACACAACGAUUGAGCAGUGCCGAUACAACUCUGUGCAUGUACAGUCUCAGCCUGAUCAACAGCUUGAUGAGGAAUGCAUCCGAUACGCUCUUUGACGCAUUCACCUCGGAGUUAGAGAGACUAGGUGUAUCAAAAGCAGUAGCCAGAUUGAUGGAUUCGACGAGAGGUGACGAAUUGGCGAGCUCGAUACUGGAAUACCAAAUGAACGUAAUUCGAGUCGCAGGUCAUCGGAUGAGAACACUGGUCACCCCCACAGAUAAGAGACAUGUUGGCGCAUUAUCUUAUAUCUGGCUACAAGCACGUAUACCUGAAUUGACACAAGAAGAGGAAGAAGGCGGGGCGAUGGUAAAGUACAAAUGGAGAAGACUAGGGUUUGAGAAUGAAAAUGUAGCAAAAGAUUUCGCAAGGACCGGUUGGCUAGGAUUGGAAUGCUGUGAACAUUUCGUUCGCACCGAUCCGGAGCAGUAUGCCAAGAUCAUCCUCGAGCAAAUCAACAGACCCGAACAAAGACGAUGCCCUUGGGGAGCAGCAUCAUUAGAAGUGGUUGAGAUUCUAGCGGAUCAUUAUGAUAUCGCAUCUGGUUACAGCACUGCUACGCAAUUCCAGCCUCAUCUACUGUCCUUCAGUCGACUUCAUUAUCUUGCUCUUCGUUUCUUCCUGAGGAUGUGGUCGGAAAGUGGUGCUUCGAUUAGCGAUUUCGGUAGAGUGAGCGCUUUGGUUCGUUCUCAGGUGAAGGAAGCCUUGCGCGAUGAAGCCUCUAGAUCGAUGUUAGAGGUAGAGUCUGAUUUCCUGGAAUCAGCCUAUCGGGACGUUCGGGAUAGGCAGAUGCGCGAACUUGAGGUUGGUGAUGAUUUCUCAAACAAGACAAGUAUUCGUAAUCUGAGAGGAAGAAUGUAUCGAGAAAGCUAUGAAUUCGUUCGUCAACAGAGGAUUCAAUGUUUAUUGGAAGGUGCAUGGUUCCGUAAUCCGGCCAGCAAUGCAACAUUCAGUAUGGUAGGCGGAGCUACACGAAACGUAAAAGGCUCAUUGACCAUGGGAGCGAAUGGGAUUGCGUCAAGCCGACCAUAUCGAUUCUACCGAUUGAGUCCAAACAAGAAAUAUCUCUAUUUCUGCGAAGCUUCUGAGAAAGUGCCAAUAAGGAGCGGUCUAGAUGAUCUUCCGGAAAGGAUCGAUUUGAGUUUGGUAAGAGAUAUUCUUAUUCAUUCACCCGGUCAAAAUGUCAAUGCAGAUGGAAACAAUGGUCUUCACAAUGGAGGGGCACUCGCAACGAAUAAUGGAAUGAUCAAUGCCAAUGAAGCCAACAGCAACUUAGCGUUCAGUCUCUUAAGGGCUCCAGACGUUAGCCUUGCGGACUUUAUUGCUCUGAAUUCAAGUCAAUUUAGCGAAUGGACCGAUGGCUUGAGCAUGUUAAGCACAGAAGGAGGAUUGGUCAACACACGUGAAACGGCCGAAUUUAUUCAAAUUUUGACAGAUAUUGGAGUAAAGGUGAAAUUGUUAGACGUUACGGGAGAACAAGUUGAAUUACCGUCUGCCGUUGUACCCCCACAUUUACCAUCAUCCACCUCUUUCUUCUUUGCAGAUUUGUAG